CUUAGCUUUUCUUGAAUAUAAAACUGUCCAACUGUUAUAUAUUGACUAUAAUUCCCCUAAAGAAAACAAAAGAAAAAAAAAAAAACCUCCAUUUAACUUCUAGAAAUCAACUGAGAGCUAUGGAGUUGGUUGGUGAUGAUGCCAAAAUCGGUGUUGGUUUCCCCCUACCGCAAUCGCACCCUUGGCUCUUGUUUUGUCAAAAUAAACAAGGUACACUAUACAGUUUCACACAACAACGUUAUUACAAGAUUGAUUAUUCUUUCAUGUAUAAUAAGUAUGAGAGGGCUCACGCAUGUAAGGAUGGAUGGAUGGUGCUACACGAUUGCGAUGACACUUUCGAUAUCAUACUUUUCAAUGCUUAUUCACAUGAAAGGGUGCAACUUCCAAAAUUAAAAUCAGUCACGUAUUUGGCUUACCUUUUGUCUAGUCCUCAUGAUCCUUCUUGUUAUGUUGUAUUAAUUGAAGAGUAUGACGACUUUGGCAUGCUUUUCAAUUUUUGCAAGAUCGGUGGACAAGCAUUUGUGAAGCAGUUAUAUCCGGAUAGAAUAAUACAAUCAUUCACAAGUUUUGGUGGACAUUUGUAUGGGUUGAUGAAAUAUUCCACCACAUUAGUACGUGUAGAAUUCAAUGAUCAAAGUGCACAAUUUCAAGAAGUGAUCAGUGGUGAUUUAUUUUGUGAGCCAUCUUCAAGACCAAAAUGGAGUGGUCAAGAUGCUGUUGGUUAUAUUACAGAAAAUUGUGGUGAAAUCCUAUUAGUUACUAAAAUUUACUUUGCAAAAAGGCGUUGCAUGGUAGAAAAUAUACGAGUCUUUAGAGCGGAUUUGUAUGCAAGAAAAUGGGUGGAGAUGGAAAGUAUAGGAGAGCGUACCAUUUUCUUAGGAUAUAUUGGAGGCAUAUUUUGCAUUAACAGCAAUAAUGCAAAUGUGAGAAAUAACUGCAUAUACUUCAUUGAAGAAAAUGACAGAAACAUGUAUGUUUUUGAUUUGGAAGAUAUGAGUGUUUCCAUCAACCAUCCUUGCCCUCAUGUAGGCAAUAAAAAUAUUAUAUCACGAUGGAUACUAUGAUUAUGUGAGUUGUUAUAUAUAUAUUUUUUAAUUCAA